AAGAGGAAAAAAUGAAAAGGGUCUUUGCAUUUGGUGACUUUCUUGUAUAAAUCUGAGUUGAGAUUCCAUUUAUGGGUUGGACCUUUUUGCAUCAUUCUGUUAUUGAUCUCAUCCUUCUGUUUUGUGGUUUCAUGUGAGAUUGGAUGAAUAGAAAAAUGGAGAAAGUUUCAAGAUUUUUGAAUUUUAGAUUGGUGAAUAGAAGAGGAAGAGGGGAUUAGGAUCGUCUUGCAUUUAUUUUGGAUAUUUUGCUGCCUUUCUAUUUUGGCUCUUUGUGUCUUUGAUUCAUUCCUUGUUCUGUGUGAUUAGUGGUUUUGGUGAAUAUUUGGAUAGACAUGAUGGGUGGAAACUGGUGAAGUGGUUGAUGGUAUGUCAAUGGAUUGGAUGAUCAAUAGGGAACUAUAGCACAGAAUAGGAAAGACUAGAGAUGAAAGAGGAAUCAACUGGACUUAUCAUUGGGAUUUCCAUAGGUGUUGUGAUUGGAAUUGGUUUGGCAAUUUCUGCAUUGUUGUGUCUUAGAUAUCACCGGAAGCGAUCACAGAUUGGCAAUAGCAGUUCCAGGAGGGCUGCUGCCAUACCUAUCCGCGAAAAUGGCAUUGAUUCUUGCACUAUUCUAUCAGACUCAACCUUGGGUCCUGAAUCACCUGUAAGGUCUGGGAGAAAUGGCAUGUCCUUCUGGAUUGAUGGCUUCAAGAAGAGUAGUAACAUGGUUUCAGCAUCUGGAAUACCAGAGUAUUCAUACAAGGAUUUGCAAAAGGCAACAUAUAAUUUUACAACACUCAUAGGACAAGGAGCAUUUGGUCCUGUUUAUAAAGCUCAGAUGUCUACUGGCGAGACAGUUGCAGUUAAAGUUCUUGCAACUAAUUCUAAGCAAGGGGAGAAAGAAUUUCACACAGAGGUUAUUUUGUUGGGAAGGUUACAUCAUAGGAAUCUGGUCAAUUUGGUUGGGUAUUGUGCAGAAAAAGGGCAACAUAUGCUUGUAUAUGUGUACAUGAGUAAAGGCAGCUUGGCUUCUCACUUAUAUAGUGAAGGGAAUGGAGCUCUGGGAUGGGACUUGAGGGUUCAUAUAGCUUUAGAUGUAGCAAGAGGUAUAGAGUAUCUUCAUGAUGGGGCAGUUCCUCCUGUAAUCCAUCGAGAUAUCAAAUCUUCCAAUAUUCUCUUGGACCAGUCCAUGCGAGCCAGGGUUGCUGAUUUUGGACUCUCAAGAGAAGAAAUGGUGGAUAAACAUGCCGCAAUUCGGGGUACCUUUGGCUAUCUUGAUCCUGAGUAUAUAUCUUCCGGGACAUUCACCAAGAAAAGUGAUGUAUACAGUUUUGGGGUGCUGCUAUUUGAACUUAUAGCAGGCCGAAAUCCUCAGCAAGGCCUUAUGGAAUAUGUUGAGCUUGCAGCAAUGAACACUGAGGGGAAAGUUGGUUGGGAGGAGAUAGUUGAUUCCAGGCUUGAGGGAAAAUGUGACUUUCAAGAGCUGAAUGAAGUGGCAGCCCUUGCUUACAAAUGCAUCAACCGUUCCCCAAAGAAACGCCCUUCAAUGAGGGACAUAGUGCAAGUGUUGUCACGGAUCCUCAAAUCAAGGCACCAAAAGAAUCAUCAUCACAACAAGUCACUCUCAGCCACAGCUGAUGAAGUUUCCAUUGAUGUUGAUCAGCUAGAAACCAAGAGUUCUAUCACUGAUCACCGAAGAGAAGAAUCCAUAGAUAGUGCAGCUGACAUGUAUGAUGUGUAGAAGAUGGUUAUGCAUUUAGCUCAGUUUUUUUUUUCCUUUUUUCGUUACAUUGAUUUUUUGGUUUUUGCCUUUGGAUGUGAUGUGGUAGUAACAUGAUACGAGGCACGAGUGAUUUGAUGAUGUCAGACAUCAUCUUCUGUCAGUCAUAGUGUUAACUUGUUCUUUUGUUUCUUCUCAUUUUUUUUUCCCUUUCUUUUUGUUUAUUUCUCUUACCUCAGGUCUGUUGUCUCGCAGAACUGACACUCCAAAAUUUGUAUAUUAAUACUUCCAAAAAUGAACUUGAAGUGACAAAAAAGAAAGUUAUCUUUCUU